CAAUCAAACCGGCUUAUUUUGACAGUUCCACAAAUUGUUUACCUCAGCGCGUUUUCAUUCCUUCUCAGCAAAGAGAAACCAUUUCUGAAGAAGCACGUUGUAAACUCCCGUAAACUCUCAGGACGCUUAAACGAUGGAUUCCGGUAAUAUGUUGAAGACACCGAUAAACAUGAGCGAUCUGCUCAACGGCGGUACCGAGUUCCAAAUCGACACCGAUUUCAAGGACGAUGAUGGCGAAGAAUACUUCAUCGAGGACGAUUAUGGCAGUGCGGACGAGGAUGAGGAAAAGUACAAACAGCUGUUCACUCCCUGGGACCGUACGUUCGACGAGCUGCGCCAGGAGAUGGAACCGGUAAGCGAACACAUCUACAAACGCAUCACGAAGGCGGGUGUUGGCGAGGAACUGCCGGACAAUACGCAAGUUACGGUCGACUACAAUGCGUUCUUCGAGAAGGAAGUGAAACCGUUCGAUUCUUCCACGCUGCGGGACAAACCGUUCCGUUUGGUGCUGGGAGCGCACAACGUGCUGCUCGGGUUUGAGCAAGCGGUAAAGACGAUGCGUGUCAGCGAGGAGGCACAGUUUGUGAUCUCCUACCAGCUGCUGUACGGUGUGGUCGGCUGUCCACCGCGCAUUAAACCGAAGGCCGACGCGCUGUUUGUGAUUCGACUGAUCAGCGCCAGCCCUGCCAACGAUGGUGAUGCGCUUGCGAAGCUAAACGAAACCGAACGCCGAUCGUACGCAACGGUCAAGGAGAAGGUGGCACUGACCCGCCAGUACGCGAAAGACUGCUUCAAGCGCAAUUUGGUGCAGAAAGCGAUCGUAAAGUAUCUGGAAGCGGUCGAUACGCUGCAGAUGUGCCAGCUGAAGGACGAAACCGAACAGGAGGAGCAGCAGAAAACGUUGAUCGCACUGUACACCAGUCUGGCCGUGUGCUACAAUCAUCGCGACCAGCCGAAAGAUGCCUGCCGGAUGGUGAACACGCUGCGCACGCUGUGCAACGUUCACCAGAACGCCAAGAUCUUGUACCAGGAGGGUAAAGCGCUGCUGAAAAUCGGUGAAUAUGAUCGUGCGCGCAAGUGUCUGCUGGGUGCGCAACGACUAGAGCCGCAGGAUGAAAACAUACAGCGCACGCUGAAGGAGCUGAACGAAUGUUCGGCCAAGCAUCAGCAGGAGGAGAAACGAAUUUGGACGCGAGCGUUCGGUUUGAUGGACGCGGCUAAACAGCAGGAUAAUUCAAAGGAAGAGAUCGCACUCGCGGAGGAUAUAAGGGAAUCGAUGAAGGUGUUUCUGGAGGACGACAAGUGUAGCACGCUCUCGCUGCCGGACAUGUUCUCCGAGAAGGAGGUGCUGGUGCUGGAAAAGCUGGCCGACGAGUUUAACCUGAAGCUGAACAUUCACAUGCUCAACAACAAAAAGCAUUACAAAUUUCAGAAGUAACACCGUCGGUCGGUCGGGAUAGGUGGAGCAGGAGUAUCAUUGCCAUUAUUGUGUUUGCCAAUUUACAUGCAAUGUAAUACUCAAAAAUUACAUGCUAUUAUUUUUCCUUGUCUUUGUAAUAAAUUUGAACUAUCAUUGAAGAAA